CUUGUUUAUUUUUUAAAGGUUCGUGAUACAAUACAAAUGAUUCCUAAAACAUGCAUUUUCAUAAGCAAUUAUAUUUACUUUAAUAUGUAGAAGUAAGCUGAAAAUUAAAUUCCGCCAUAUCACUAAAAUACUACCAGCUACAAUGGGAGAUUUCGUGCCCUUUAGCAAAGUCGCAACGGUUUUGUUUACGAUGAUUUUAAGAGUAUGGGCAUAUUCUGGCCUGGUCUUAGUAUUCUGCUUUUUAGUAUAUUAUUUAUACGGAAGCGUGCUCGCCAUGAUAUUAUUAUUAUUCGCUCUAACAGGUAUUUUGUACCAAGUCCAAGACAACUUAGUGUAUAAUUCCGAACUCCCUACGCAUUCGAGAGUUUACGUACCGAUACCAUCCUCGUUCAAUCUGCCUUACGAAAGCGUGAUGAUCAAAACAUCGGACGGAAUACAAAUUCACGCCUACUUCAUAUACCAGCCCAAAGAUAAACGGAAAAACUCGCCUACCGUGAUGUUUUUUCACGGAAACGCUGGCAACGUCGGACACCGAUUGCAAAACUGCGUAGGCCUAUACCACAAUUUGUACUGUAACAUACUUUUAGUGGAGUAUAGAGGCUACGGCCUGUCAGAAGGGAUUCCGUCCGAAGAAGGGCUGUAUUUGGAUGCUAAAGCCAGCAUGGAUUAUUUACUAACUAGAAACGAUAUUAAUCAUUUAGAAAUAAUAGUAUUCGGACGAUCGCUAGGUGGUGCAGUAGCCAUUGAUCUAGCAGCAAGAGAAGAGUACGUAGGGAAAAUAUUUUGCUUGAUAGUAGAAAAUACCUUUACUAGCAUCCCCGAUAUGGCUAAAGUACUAUUAGGAUGGAGAAUGUUGCAGUAUUUUCCAGUAUUUUUCUACAAAAACAAAUACUUAUCAUAUCAAAAAGUGAAAGAUCUCCGUGUUCCGACGUUGUUCGUAUCGGGAAUGGCGGAUACGCUGGUGCCUCCGAGGAUGAUGCAGGAAUUGCACAAUCGAUGCAAGAGCAUCAGGAAGCAACUCGUUCAAGUGCCGGCCGGAACGCACAACGAAACCUGGCAAUUGCAAGGGUACUACCGUUCGAUGGCUGUGUUCCUGCAAAGUUGUAGGCUAAACAAUUGCGCAAAUGUCAGUUUUGAUAUUACGAACGAAAAAACCGAUAGCGGCAGUAUGUGGAGUGACGUACAAACUAUUUAGCUUAUUAUAAUUAGUAACAAGUCGAUUAUUAUUACCUUAUU